UUUGUGCUCGGAUGUAAGUGCUUCUGUGUUUGUCACUUGCUUAGCUUCCUCUAAAAAUGAAGUACCGUUAUUCCUUACAAUGGGGAGCAGUGAAUAGCAACCGGGAUCUCUAAUGAAUAACGAUAAAGAUGGACAGCUUUCCAUGAACGACCUGAACAAACUGCAAUAUUAUUUAUUUGUGUUUAAGUCUUUCUUGGCAGCCGUGUCCUUCGCAGCAUCAUGGCAUCGAGCACUUUGAUAUACCGAGCGGGUCUUUUUCUAGUGGUGGUGCUCGGUCUUUUUAAACCUCUCCGUGCAGAAGCAUACACUAACAGCACCGAUGUAGACAGGACUGCAUCUAGUACAGAGCUCUCUGAUUUUACUCCAAAUGUUAUUGAAGGUUUGAACGGUAGCACGGAUUUGCCAUCAGAACCCGGUAUUAGUCCCAUAACUGCCUCACCUAGCGCAUCCGAGGUAGGCUGGGGCGACUCCAUCUCCGGCUUUUCAAAGAAUAAGGAGCCGCUAGAAGAAGCCAGUACUGCCACCGGAGAAAGUGAGCAGUCCAGCACCUUCGCUGAUCUAGAAAGCUGGGAGUCCCCCUCUCAGACUGACAGCACUUACAUUUCUACAAGCUUCACAAGAGCCGGGGAGAGGACUUUGUUAUCCGUAAGCAUGAAUAGCACAUCUCCCUAUACCGGGGUCACUAACUCCUCACAGCCUGCCCAGACUGAUACCACUGAAGUCGAGCCCAGUGAAAGAGGGGAAGGCAGCUCCAGUAAACAGUCCGAGUUAGUGGUAACUUCCACAGGACCCGCAUCUAGAAAUAGUUCUGAAGGGCUAAUUGAUUCCACCACCGAGCUCUCACAGAACGAAACAUCAAGUGAUAGCUUUCCAAAUGAGACGCAGUCGUCCACUGACAUCACGUCAGUCAGCACGCCCAGUACCACUUUACCUUUCACUUCUUCAAGCAGUGAAAACACCACCAGCAGCAACAACACCUCUGAACAGAUGGAUGCCGCCAGUACAUCGCUGUCUUCCUCCACUGAAACCACAUCUUCCACCUCGGGUUCAUCCACCUCCGAGUCGCUGCCGCCAUCAUCUUCCGGUGACAGCUUUACAAACGGCACGCAGUUUUCGAGCAACUCCUCAGUGGCCCCUGUCACAGACACAGCUGUCGUCACUGAACCUUCACCAGGGUCUUUGUUUACCGGGAUUGAGGAUUACACAGAGAAGCCCCUGCCACACACUGUGGAGAAUAGCACCAGCCCGGCUGUGACCGCCGUCCCGGAUGUGCAGACAGACACCGAGAGGCCGCUUAACGACUCUUCCACCGAACUCAGCUCCUCCGGUCGCACACCCACUAACAGCUCUUCCGAGGAGCCUUUCCCUACCAAAACCGACAGCACGGCUGAAACGACAGACAUCCUCGCUACAACCCUGGGAGGAAUCACACACAGGACAACAAUCUCCGAUGACACCACGCAGCUGACUAGCACUGCUUCAACCAAGACAACCCAUCCCUAUCUGCCCAGCACAACGGAGGAGUCUGAAACCGACGGAACUGCUCCUUGGACAACGCAAACAACGUUUGAGCCUCAGACGACCAGCGGCGCUACAGAACAUCUUUCAAGGACUGAUGGUGCAAGAAUUGAUAGCUCCACAAGCCCUAGUGUUUUCUAUACCGAUGGGACAACUAUAGUGUUUGAAACAAGCACUGCCACCCCAGGAAAAACCUCCGAAAACAACAAGCCCACCACCGUAACUUAUAGGACAAUGGCGCCUAGCGUCACUACUGAAACACUGUCCACAACCGCACAACGCACUGAAAAAGCAACAACAAUGGCCCCAGUUACCAGUUCCAAAGUGUUAGUGACUUCCACAGUUACACCAGUGAGUAUAUGCAAACAGCACCCUUGCACUAACAGUGGAAAGUGUGUCAUUGUGAAUGGAGGCCGUCGCUGUAGCUGUCCACCAGCCUGGCAAGGGGAUGACUGCAGUGAAGAUGUGGACGAGUGUUUGUCUAGACUGUGCCCAGCGGACUCCACCUGUGUCAACACCCACGGGUCUUUCACCUGCGAGUGCCCGCUGGGCUACACCCUGGAGGAAGGAAGGAGAUGCGCACUUGCCAGGACAUUCCUAGGCGCUUUCCUUCCAAACAACACAAAUAUCCAGAUUACAGAAACUCAGGAAAUCCAAAGAGAAUUACUACACAUGCUCAACACAUCUCUCUCCCACUUUAGAGGCUAUUAUAGAUCUACACUUACUGUUGCCAGGGAGGCUGAUUGGCUGAACGUUUCUGCUGUGAAUUUGUUUUCCAUUGCCUCUAAUGUGACCUCACAGGAAGUGCUUGCCAGUGUGCAGCAGUACAUGAGAAACUGGAGCCCUACAAAUGAGCACAGCGACCUUCUACACAGCCUGGACUACACAGCUGUGAGCCUGUGCAGCCUCAAGGUUCCUCGGUGUGACUUGGACACGUCUCAGUGUUCUGAUGCCUAUGGGAUUGCGUUCUGUCAGUGCAAGCCAGGCUACUUCAAAUACAAUGACAAUGACCACUCCUGCAGAGCAUGUGAUGAUGGUCAUAAACUAGAAAAUGGUACCUGUGUAAGCUGUCCGUUUGGUUUCGGUGGAUUUAACUGUGGAAACCCUUACAAAUUGAUCACUGUGGUAUUGGCAGCGGCUGGUGGAAGUCUGCUGUUAAUUCUGGGAAUAACUCUCAUAGUUAUAUGCUGCAGGAAGGACAAAAAUGAUAUCAGUAAACUAAUCUUCAAGAGUGGAGAGUUUCAAAUGUCCCCGUACGCCGAGCAUCCCAAGAGCAACAGGAUUUCAGUGCAGUGGGGCAGAGAGACCAUAGAAAUGCAGGAGAACGGCAGCACCAAAAACCUCUUGCAGAUGACAGAUAUAUAUUACUCUCCUGGCCCCAGGACCCAUGAACUGGACAGAAACGGCCUCUUGCCUUACACUGGUUUACCUGGCUCUCGACAUUCUGCCAUCAUCUACCCGGGGCAAUACAACCCUUCUUUCACCGGCGAUGAAGCACGGAGGAGAGACUACUUUUAACAAUGACAGCAAUCAGAGAUGUAUUUCUGCCAGGGUCUCUUUAGAAAAGAGAAACAAAAUAAGCCCAGUUUGUGGAUUCCCCUUUGAGAACUGGGUUUAUCUGGGUCAGAAUGAAGCCUGACUGGAGUGGUGGUUUCAGUGUUUAAAUCUGCACUGUGGGACAACGCUGCUGAAUGCUGCCAUGAAGGACUGCAUGUGAAAGACGAACACUGCACCACCUUUUUGAUGCGAGUUGAGUGAAGAAUGUGGAAAGAAUUGCUGGAUUGCAAAGGUUAAAGAGUAAGUAGCAAGGUUCUGAAAAAUAUAGCUUUACCCACCCCACGCUACAACAUGCUACAACUGUUUAAAUAAGGCACCUGGAAUUUUUCUUUGCAUUGUCAACAUCCUGACAGCUUUAUGCACUUAUAACUUUCAACUCUGUUUCAAAGCUCUUUUUUAAAUGGCCGCUCUAGUGCA